CAGGUUCUCAUGAAGUAGCAGACUCUCUCCAACACCCCACUCACAAAUAAGUAAUCAUCUCGCCCGCAAGGUUUCUCCUAUUAUAUAUAUUUAGAAAAUUUAUAGUUAGAUAAAUUUAACACUUUCCCAUUUGUCAUUGUCAAUCUGACACGGGGUCGGACAGUAAUUGGCUGAGGGGAAAAUAAGAAAUACACUAAAGUUACACUACUUAGUGAUUUCCCAGAAAGCGGGUUAAUUAUCAUAACAGCACUGGAAAAGGAUUUUAAUGCGACGUAGUGAGAGAGAGGGUGGAGAAGGUGGGUACUGACGAGCAACACGCACAGAGCGAGAAAGAGGGAGUCUCCUGGCCUCCCUUUCGCGUCCCAUCCUUUCGCGGAGCUGCGACCCCGUCUACAGUUAUUCCAGGAAUGUGCGGAACAUGGCCGCCGGCAUGAAGGCGCAGAAGACUGGGCUACUUGAGCUCCGGGUUUCUGCCGAGCGCUGGGUGCGAGUGUUAGCCUGCCUGACUGAAGAAGCGCUGACUGUGGGUCCCGGGGACACAGCCGUCGAGCCUGCCGCCCCGAGCACCAGCCCGGCCGGUGCAGUGAACGGAGAUCCGUCCAACAUCUGCUCCAAUCCCCCUGUCCCCGAAACGAUCACGAACGUCAAGCGCACCGUGCGGGUCGUCAAGCAGGAUGUGGGAGGACUGGGAAUCAGCAUUAAAGGAGGGAAGGAGAACAAGAUGCCCAUUCUCAUCUCCAAGAUUUUCAAAGGGCUCGCGGCCGAUCAGACUGAGGCCCUGUACGUGGGCGAUGCCAUCCUCUCUGUUAAUGGCAACGACCUGCGGGACGUCACGCAUGACGAGGCCGUCCAGGCCCUGAAGAAGACGGGCAAGGAAGUCAUCCUGGAAGUGAAGUACAUGAAAGAGAUGUCGGCGUACUUCAGGAACGUCAAUGCUGGGGGUCCUGUACCCUGGGAAACACCAGGAGGAUCCCCCAACAAGCAAGGAGCACCUAACUCCCCAGCGGAGCCCAAACUGACCCGGGAGAUUCCCUUGAAAAUGUGUCAGGUUACUAAGAAGCAAUGUCCGCCUGAUACUGAAAACAGGUACUUCAAGGUCAUCUCCGCUGACCGAAGAACGUCUCUGUUCUUGCGUGCAAAGGACGCGGCGAUGGCGCAGUCGUGGUACAACACCAUUCAGUCUGCUGCCAGUGGCCUGGUUCCGAAGGUGAUAGAGGAGCUGAGAGGGAUGCAUGGCGGGCAGGAGGUCAAGCACAUCGGCUGGCUCACUGAGCAGCCGCCACAGGGCCCAGAGAAGUCAGUUUUGGCCAUGCUGACGGAGAGAGACCUGGUCCUUUAUCAUGCCCUGCCUGACAGCAGAGAGUCCCUCUGCAGUCCUGAUCAGAGCUACCCCCUCAUUACCACAAGACUGGUGCAUUCAGGACCUGGGAAGACCUCCACCAUCAUGGAUCCUGAACUCACCUUCGUCCUCCGGAGUGGGACUAGAAAAGGGGUGGAGACCCAUGUUUUUCAGGUUGAUUCGUCCAAAGAGCUGUCGACCUGGACUCACAUGCUUGUGGACGGCUGUCACAGCGCAGCAGAGCUCAUAAAAGAGGUUACUACUGCCUGCAACUGGAAUGGGAAGGAGUGCAUCUUGGGCAUCCACAUUGAGGAGGGCUUCAGCAUUUUCACGGAGGAGCCGGGCUCCAGGAAGACGGUCCUGCUGCAGCGGCCCUUCGAAAAGCUCCGCAUGUCUUCUGAUGACAACGUGCGCACGAUGGUCUUGGACUUCGGCGGACCAGAAGCGGAGAUCCAACUGGACCUCCAUUCUUGCCCAAAGACCGUUGUGUUCAUCCUGCACUCCUUUCUGUCUGCUAAGGUGAGGCGGCUAGGCCUCUUUGCAUGACGACCGCAGCCAGGCGGAUGUGAGCCAGCAAAGUGCUUUAGCAGUGAGAACUCAGGGGCAGAGAAGCCCACCGCGGUUUAGCCAAGCCGCCACGGAGAACCGAAACCCUCUGUUCUUCAGCAAAAGGACACCGACAAUGGAAGUGGUCCCACUUACACACAGAGCAAUGAGGCCUUAGGGGCAACAUCACAAACCCAUAACUGUCCAGUGAAAUUUCAUACCUUUCUCAUAACAACCAAAAAAAAGAACAGUUUUCUUGUCUGCAUUGUUUUUAGUGCCAUACGGUCUGUGCUUAUCAUCAGCCUUUUGCAGAUGAUGUUGAAUGACAGGUUUCAGAGUACCUGUGUACCCCAGACAGUAUCGUCUGUUUAGUGUGCCAAGUCUGGACAAACCUGCGCUGUCCAGGGUAGAGGAUUGUCUCCGCGUAUGGGAUGUGCCAUCUUGUCUAUAGCACACAAUUUUCACAUCUUUCUAUGAGCACAUAAUGCAACAUAUUACUAUGCUAAUUUUUUUUUGCAUCGUUGUAGUCAUAUUUUGAUUGUAAUCGUACUAUGCAUUUGGGCCUUGUUCCCCUUCACUCAAAGUGAGGCAGUAAGAAAAUUUCAAAGUCUUUCUAACCAAUCACCUGUGAGGGCUUUCUAACCAAUCACCUGUGUGGGCUUUCUAACCAAUCAUCUGUGAGGGCUUUCUAACCAAUCACCUGUGAGGGUACACGGAGCACCAUUUUUAGAAUUCAAAGCAUUUACAUGGCAGUUCUUAACUUUUUGUAACUUAUCUACAAAUAGAUAAUACCACAUUAAUGAUGAAACUAGGCUUUGAUAUGAAUCAUUUAUUUAUAUACUGUAUAUAGUAUAUCGCAUACUAAUACUGAAAUAUUUUAUUUUGUGGAGAACUUGUUUUAAAUUUAUGCAGAAAUCAGGAUGCUUUCAAUCCUGUUAUUGUUGCUCUGCCUUCUGCAAGUAAAAUGUAAUAAUCCUAACGAAACAACACAUUAAACGCUAUCUCAGGAUGUUGUUGUGUAUAAGAUCUUUUAAAAGACAACAGAUUGUGCUGUAUACUGAACCCAUGGUUAAAAACCAUUAUAUGUUACACAUUUUAAAUCAAGGUAUUACCAUUAUUAAGAGCAAGGCAAUGAGAAAAACAAAUUACAUUCAUGAUAUAUUACUUAACCUGCAGUAUGUAAAAAUACAGACAUAUAUAUAUGGCAGAGUUUUCGAAACCUUCAGUAUGGUAUUUCAGCAGUGUUUAAAAAAUCUAUUUAAAUAAAUAUAUUUUAAACUAAAAUGCAUUCAAAUAAUUGUGUGCCUUGUAAGCUUGAUUGUAUAAAGAAAAAGAGUAAUAAACCUGGAUUUAUUAACCUUUA